AUGACGAAGCUCCUGUUCUACCUGCUCGGUCUUCUAGUCCUGCACUUCGGCGCCCAUGUGCAUGUUUUGCCGGAGCCAGAAGUGAAAGUGGCGCCACCGGCCGAAGACAAUCCGGACUACUACGAGCGCAGUCUGCAAGGUGGCGCGCCAGUCGUAAUGUAUCUGCAUGGUAUUAGCGGCUCCAGGGCUCUCCUUGGGCGCGUUCAAGUGUAUCAGACCCUGCGGAACCUCGGCUACCACGUUAUCGCAGUCGACUACCGCUACGGCGACUCAUCGUCGGGCCCGCUCAGCGAGGACGGCCUCGUCGCCGACAGCCGCUGCGUGUACGAGUGGCUGAGGCGAAGGACGGCCGACUCUCCGAUCCUGGUCUGGGGUCACUCGCUCGGUUCAGGGGUAGCUGUCCAUCUCGUGUCGGCCCUGUGUCGGCACGGCCAGCCGCCGGCCGGCCUGGUGCUGGAGGCACCCUUCGACAACCUAGCGCACGAGGUGUCAGCCCACUUCCUUGCGACGUUUCACCGUGAUAUGCCCGGCUUCCACUGGUUCUUCGUCGCACCUCUGAAAGUGAACGGUAUGGCGUUCGAGAGCGACGUCCACAUCGCGGGCGUCACGGUUCCCACGCUGAUUCUGCACGCAGAAGACGAUGUCAUCAUCCCGUGUCGCCUGGGCGUCCAGCUGCACCGGAGCGCGCUGCGAUACCAGCCGACCCACCAGGUUCGUCUGCACACGUUCGAGGCCCGCUUCCGGUACGGCCACGACUUCAUCUGGCGCAGUCCCCGGCUGCCAGUGCUGCUCAGUCACCGGAGCCUGGUCCGAGUCCCCGGAGUCGGUCCCGAGUCCUCGGAGACAACGCUUCCGCCCGUCAACGCCAACGAGCUUUACACAGCUUUUGCUGGAGUGAUGGCGACGAGCUGA